AUGGUUCCCAGGUGGAGUUCGGUUCUGAUUUUCGUUGUUACGGUAGCCAGCUGGAUUGCGUCCGGAAGUUGUUCCCUGCAGAUCGAAGCUACCGAUAGUGUUUGUUUGUCAUUCUGUGGAGGAUUUCCGUCAGUGAACACCCAGGAGGGAUGUUUGUGUGGUAAAACGGUUGAGAACAAGGUGGCCCAUGAAGCGUUCUUGGGGAUUCCGUACGCCAAACCACCGGUUGGGGAGUUGCGAUUUGCUAAUCCUGAACCAGCGAGUCCUUACGGGAUUUACAACGCGAGUUACCCAAGGAGUGUGUGCAUUCAGAAAAAUACACUGAUUCCCAAGUACAACUUCAUCCAGGGCGAUGAGGAUUGCCUGUAUCUGAACGUGUAUCGACCACAGAAUGCUGCUGGUCCCCUACCGGUCAUUGUCUACAUCCAUGGAGGCGAGUUCGUUGGAAAUAUUGUUCCAACAACCGUUGGAGCGGACUAUUUCAUGGCCUCGGGCAAAGUUCUGUUCGUUACCAUCCAGUAUCGGUUGGGAGUUUUCGGUUUCCUGUCGACCGGAGACGAUGCCAUUCCCGGAAACUUUGGGCUCAAGGACCAGGUGAUGGCACUGAAGUGGGUCCAGAACAAUAUCGGAUCGUUCGGAGGAAACGCCAGCCAGGUGACCGUUUUUGGGCACGACGCCGGUGCAGCUUCCAUUCAGCUGCAUAUGAUGAGUCCAUUGAGCGAAGGAUUGUUCUCGCAGGCGAUAUUGAUGGGAGGAAGUGGCCUCUCCAAUCGGGUUAAUAAGGGAAUCCAGGAUAGUCUUAGCUUGGCUCAGGAUUUGGCCAAUACUGUGGGAGUGCGAAGCAAAAGACCGUUGACUACAAAACAACUUCGGAGAUCCCUGCGUCAAGCAGAUGCUGAAGAUUUGGCUGCUGCUGUCGACAUUUUGAAGUACUGGGACACAAACCCACAAAUGAUUUUCCGACCGGUAAUCGAAUCAUCUUGGGAUCAAGGAUCGUUCAUCACUGAGGAUCCCGAGAAGCUGUGGGCUAAAGGUGAAUACCGUCGAGUGCCGAUGAUGAUUGGAUAUUCUCAGAAUGAAGGUGCAGCCUACACUGUCAAGAUAAUGCACAACGAUGCGCUGCUGGAAGAACUGAUAAACAAUCAAAAGCUGUUCCUUCCGGCUUUGACGGGCUACUCAACGAAAAAUAUGUCUGCGAUAAAUAAAAGAUUUUUCGAAGGAGAUCUGAUGAGUAUCAGCACCUCCAGUGGUUUAAUCAAGCUUGUAUCUGAAUCGUUGUUCCUGUACCCGAUGAUCAAAUCGAUCAAGCAGCACAUCGCCAACGACCGGUUGCCGGAAGCCCCGAUCCAAAUGUUCCAGUUUGGCUAUCAAGGAAGGUAUUCGAUCGCUGCCGAAUAUGCCGGGGAAGAGCUGUUCGAGUACUACGGUGUCUGUAACGGUGACGAUCUUCCCUAUCUGUUCUACAACUUCACUACCGAACCCGAAGUGGACACCCCGGACGCUUUGGUAACUCAAGAGUUCAUCAACAAUCACAUCGACUUUGCGGUCAAUGGGCCAACUCUACCCGAUAUUGGAACGGUGGCCGGUCCCAAUUUGGCACUUUCCCAACAAAUUUACUUCAAAUCAUUCGGCAACGAUGCGGAAACCGAGGCUCCAGUCGUUUCGGUUCUAGGAAGAGAUAACAAACAGUUUACCGAAUUGGAAGAGAUUUACAAGUGGUGGUCGACGUUGGAGGCUUGA